CUUCCCAACAAGAGAGCAAAGACCCUUUUCCCUCCUUGUUCUUUGAUCCUUCUCUAUUCUGCUACCCCCUUUCCCCUGAAACUGAACAAGAUGGAUGUUAACGAAGCUGAAGAAUGGGAUCUGGAAAUGCUACCAGAUGAAAGCAGGGUGGCACACAAGAACACUCUUAUCGGGAAGAUCUUCUCAGAAAGGCCAAUCAGCAAGCGCUCCAUGAUUGGGAUGAUCUGCUCAGCCUGGGUCAACUGCCACAAACCCAAAAUAUAGGAGAUGCCCAUUAUCAACGAUGCCGGAUUCAACACUUUCAUUUUCGACUUUGAAACUCGCGAAGAAAUGAAAGCCAUCUGGAAAGAUCGUCCUUGCCCAGUUGCAGACACCCUCAUUCACCUGAAAUGAUGGACUGGACUUGACAAUCCAAAAGGAAACCUCUUCAAUAGUGCUAAGUUCUGGGUCCAAAUUCACAAUCUUCCAGAAGCUUAUCGAACUGAAGGUAACAUUUCCAUGGUUCAAAACAUGUUUAAUCACCUAAUUGAAGUGGUCAGGAACGCUUUGGAAGCCCAUCUAUACAAGAAAUUCUUCAAGGUCUUUAUUGAGGUGAACACAGACAAGCCUCUUCCUGAUGGUGUCUACCUACGCCAUCAACAAAGAAGAAUACGAUAUGAGUUCAAAUACGAGAGACUGAUGACGCUUUGCUACUUCUGUGGCAAAACCACACACACCAAACAAGAUUGCAAAACCAGAAGAAUGAUCGGCGGGGUGAUUCCUCCCUUACAGGAUGUCCAAUGAUGGGGUCCGUGGAUGAGAGCGAGCUCGAGCAUUUUCUCUCCGAUAUCUACCCAGCAACAGGAAGCGGAAGAAAUUAGGAAGAGAGAUGCAGCCUCUUCCUCGAACUCGUCCGCGGGCCGUUCUUUUUCGUCUUCACCGGCAACCACCAACAAGGCGACGACGACCGUAACAGAAAGGACUCACACUUUUCCUGCCUUGGGAUUCUCACCUGGCACUGCUCAUUCCCCCAUGUCUGUCUUCUCCCAAAACUUCCCGUUGCCAACAGACCACUCUUCCCCCACUGUCUUCCUCUCACCUCAGCAAAUCUCACCUUCUCCAUUUUUUCAAAAUCUGAUCCCCACACCACAUCAACUCCAAUCCUCCAGUGUCUCUCAAAAUCUGUUCGGAGAACAACCCAUCGUCAACCACUCUACCCUUAUCCCUUCCAGCCACCAACCACCUAUCACCUUGUUGGGCCCAGAGAACCCUAGCCCAUGCCCCUUUCAAACACAGACAAACUUCUUUGUGAACCAAAAUUAUUUUAAUGCUGGGCCUAGUGGAUCUCCAAGGAACUUCAAAUCCCCAGCCCGUAAUCACCAAGUUAGGAAACAUUCCAUUAGCCCAAACAUACCAAAAAAGAAAAGAAAGGUUGUUGCUCCCUAUGAACUCGAGCGGGAGGAAACAAGGGAACUCACUGCUCUGUUCCGUCUUCCAGAAGCACCUGCUGGGAUUACUCUUGCCAUCUGCAAUGAAGGCAACAUGCUGGAAGAAGACUUCAUUCCAGAGAAUGAGACGAACUUUACUGAGGAAAUGGUUGCCGAUUCCAAGCCACCAGAGGUGCCAUGAGUCUAAUUGCUUGUAACUGCAGGGGCUUCGGACAGGCUCCUACAGUUCGUCAGCUUCGAAAGAUGGUUAACCGUUUCCAAUCAUCAACCGUAUUUCUGUCAGAAACUAAAAAGAAAGAUUCUUACAUGGAGAAGAAGCGUAGGAGGUUACGUUUUGCCAACCAUCAUUAUGCCUCACCGGUGGGACGCGUCGGUGGCCUCGCCCUUUGCUGGGUUAGAGAUUUAGAUAUUCAAGUUCUAGAUUGUAAUAGGUUGUUUAUUGAUGUUUUUGUUCAGAUGGAUGGAGGCUUCUUUAUCACUUUUGUCCAUGCCCCAUCCAAUCCCACUGAUCGUAGGGAUUUUUGGAACCUCAUAGCCAAUCUUAGAGAAAAUGCGGAUGAUAAGUGGCUAAUUGUGGGCUAUAUGAAUGCCAUCUUGUAAUUGGAGGGAAAAAAAGGAGGAGGCCCUCUCCGCAAUGACUCGGCGGUCCCAUUUCGUGAAUUCAUUGAAGGGAAUUCUCUACUGGACAUUGGCUUUAAGGGUCACCCCUUCACUUGGAUUAACAAUCAGGAAAACCAAGGCAGAAUUGAAGAAAGACUUGACAGAGUACUCUGUUCCCACUCUUGGAGAACACUUUUCAGUGAUGCUACUCUCGUCCACGAGCUUCCUCUGGAGUCUGAUCAUAGUCCUUUGAGGCUUGAAUUUUCUGGCUAAAGAGAAAGAAAGAAGUGCCCUUUCAGAUUUGAUGCUUGAUGGCUUAAUCGAGAGGAAUGCCUUGAAAUUGUCAACAGAAACUGGGGAAAUGGCUCGUCUUGUGAUGAAAAAUUCACUAAUUGCCAGAGAGAGUUGGAAUGUUGGUCCAAACAAGUUUUCAAAGAACAGAAUCACAGGGCGAUUAUAAUCCAAAAGAGACUAGCAAAAAUUCUUGUCCUCAACAGAGACCAUUCUAUUAUCCAGGAAGAAAAGGACUUGAUGAGUGAACUUGCUGCUAUUUGGAAAGAUGAAGAACUCUUUUGGAGCCAAAGGUCUAGAGUCAACUGGUUACAGAAAAGAGACCAAAACACUAAUUUUUUCCAUACCUCUACUAUCCAACGGAAACAGAGGAACAAAAUCGUCUUCCUUAAAGAUGAAUAGGGUGAAUGAAUUCUUACACCCCAAGGAGAUUUCGAACCAAGCUAUUGGCUAUUUCAGAAACAUGUUCACCAGAGGUACUACUAACCCUGACUUGUCUGUCCUUCUUGACUUUCCUAAACUGGUUACUGACCAAAUGAAUGAGGAACUUUGCA